AUGAGCAUUACACCCACAAACUACAUCAUCGGCAUGUCGGUCGUCCCCAAAUGCGACGAGGCCGGCUGUACCGACAACGCCAUCAGAGUCAACUCUCGCUGCCGAUUCUGCAAGCUCAACUUUUGCUGGGCCCACUUUGAGAACGAGACGAGUCAUCCGUGUGUCACUGCGCCCCACCCCGAGAUGAACAGGGACGGUUUCGAGUUUGAAAAGGAGCCCGAGGCUUCUGAAAUCCUGCGAUACCUCGAUAUGCACGCCAUCAAAGCAGAAGUCGAGUCGAUCUGGCCGGGGCAUAUCUGCAACUAUGUCGGUAAACCACAGAUAUGGCACGAACUCGCUCGUCUGUGCGGACAGUACAACCAUAGCAUUGUCCUCGGGUUUGCAGACGGCCAGCGAUGGGCUAUGCGGAUACGCCUGAAACAGAGGAAAUACCUGCCCGACUUGGCGCUGGAGGCGAGCAUAGACAGUGAGAUUGCUACAGCGAGGGCGCUAGAGAGUGCAGGGUGUGCGGUGCCACGUACAUGGGAAAGACCAAAAGACAGCCUCCGUCAGUCACCUUUGUCAAUGCUGUGGCAAAAAAACUGA